GACCUUACUACUUCAGGCCUUCAAGCUUCGGGGCUUGUGCGGGGCGGUACAAAAUUCAAAUGCUGCAACGAGACCUUGGCGUGUACGCACAUCUGCGACCAGCUGUACAUGGUGAUGGCAGUACUAUGCUACUAUCGACAUGAAUAUAGCUGUCAUCGUGGUAUCAAUCAUUUUCGUCCAAAGCACCGUCAUUCGUCCCUUGGAUCAACCAUUCACUCAGACGACAGUUUCGCACCAAGAAGAAAGCUCUCUUUUGGAUCAAGAAGACGAGGAUGAUGAUAGGGACGACGCUGCCAUCGAACCCUCCUUCUCCUUUCCCGACCUAGACGAGCGGAUAACAAGCUAUCAAAGAAUAUGGCGCCAUGUCUACAUCCUAUCGAAAUCCUCGGAUUUCGUAUCCCACGAUCUCAGUGUCGAGUCCGACACGGUCUUUGAGGGGUGUCAAUGCGAUUACUCAAGCCCAUCAUCUUAUCAACUCGAGCUUAUGUGUUUCGUCCGUGAAGGCCGAGUAUCUCAACGCGACACAAAUUUCUACGACUUCGUGAACGAGCCCGAAGCACGACAAAAGAUUAUCAAGGCGCUUCAGCGUCCUUGGGAGAAUGGUCAAGUCCAAAGACUUUCUUACGCUCAUCGCUUUUAUGAAGACAUUGUUGAUUUGUUGAUGACCCGUGGCCUGUCUCGGGGACAUGUCUUCGACUUCAAGCCAUAUCAUUCCGAACGGAUUCCCUCUUAUUCACGUGAGAAGAGGUCUUGUCAGCCUUCACUCGGGGCAGUACAUCUGAGCUCCGUAUAUAUCAACUCACCUUCGCAUCCGGUCACAAGACACAAUGCACCACCAAGUAGUGGUCAGAAUAUCGAUGAGUUCUCAGAUCUGUGGAAGGAGAUUCAACAGUCUAUCGACGGCGUUGAUUAA